GUCGGCGUAGUGACUGGUGUAGCCCAGGGCGUAUCUCAUCAGCAAAAAGAAAACGAAAAGGCCGCCAAUGCGAAUCCAGAAUCACGAACAACAAAAUUCUACAUAGACGUGAUCAUAGAAGACGAAGGAUCGCGGUCGCGAGGACGAGGUGAAAUUUUACACGACAGCAUAGUCGUUGUCCGCGACAACAAACUCUGGAUCGAGCCCAAAAAUCGAGUUACGGGGUUACCAAAACGCGGAGAUUCGCAUCCAUUCACUGGAUUUUAUCUCAUGUAUCCAGAUGAGGAUCGCUCACCUGCCGAGAGAGGCCUGGUGACAACCAUUCAGAAAGAUCCACCGAUGCUCAACUGGAUUUAUGUUGACAACGACACUUUCGAGCUCAAGUACUCGAAUCGCACAGGCAGUAUAGCACAUAAGGUCGGACCUUGGGACUGGACGGACGAGUUUGUAGAUUCGAGCAUAACUCUCGAUGACUUUGAGGGUUUCCUGGCUGUAGAAGAGGACAUGUACAGGAACGAGCAAGGUCAUCCCAGAUGGGCAUUGUAUUAUGACUGGAAUGACGACGGUCUGAAAGGACGCAAGAGAGGCAGACGAACUAUGGAGAUCAGUUUGAAGAGAAGGUUGGUGGAAAACCAGGAAAGA